AAGCAACGUUAUCCUUUAAUUCUACUUAUGAUUACAAAGCGAUCCUCUAAAAGUAUGAACCACAAAGUUUUUCUCUUUUCCUUUUAAUGUUUGGUUGGGACUGAAAAUGACUGAACUAUGGGUGUGAAGCACAAAUUGCAAAAGACCAGAUAAGCCAUUAGGAUCACACAAAUUCAAGAUAGCCUCAUGAAACAUUAUGCUUUGCUUUCAGGGACAAUUUGGAUAUUCUUGCUUUAUCAUUCUUCUCUCUCUCUCUCUUUAACACUCACAGAAGCUAAGAGGGGAACCAGAUGGGGUGUAAAAUAAACACACCCAAUACCCAAAUUCUCUUCAAAUUUCCCACAAAAAGGGCAGAACUUGGAGGCAAAAGCACCACUUUUUGUCCCACUUUCUCCAUCCACAGUCAAAACCAAGACGCACCCACCAUUUCUACCACCACAACUAAUCAAACCCAGAUCCCAAAAUCUGAAAUUUCCACUCUUCAUUUCAAGACUCUGAGGGCCUGUAAGCUUGGGAUUUCCAGAUACCCUGAUUUUGAGUACAAUGCUGAAGGCGGAACAGGAACUGCCUCUGCCGAGACUGACGGCAGCGGCGACCAAGUUUCGGUUUCUUUCGAUGUUGGGACCCUCUACAUCCCGCCAUUGACAACUGAAACCACCAAAUUUCUGGGUCUGCCAUUGCCACCGUUUCUGAAAAUCGACAUCCUCCCGGAAUUCUUCCAUGGGAACAUCAGCAAAGAAUCUGGCAAGGUUGAGCUUGAAUUCAAGGCAAAGUUCAUAUUCUCUGUUGGGAGUAUAUACAAGGCUCCCCCAUUACUGGUGAAGACAGUGCUGACAUCUGAGGAAUCAGAAGGAAGCAUAAGAAGAGGAAAAGGGGAAAGAUUAGACAAAGAAGGAAAAUGCAGAUUGGUGGGUGUGGCUACUGUUGACCCCAUUGAUGAUUUUCUUCUUAAUUCCUUCCUCUCUCUCCCCACUGAAUGCAUUGCCAUCCUCAAUGCUAUAAUCUCAUUUUCUUAGAAAGAGAGUAUUUUAUUGCUAUAAUAUCAUGGUUUGUCCAGCAUUGUUUGGGACAAACCCAGACACAUAACAUAUAGAAAACAAUAAUAUAUCGCAUAGGUAGUUGUUCUGGUCUUC